AUGAAAACAUACUUGGAGGGUCUUGAUCUUUGGGAAGCCGUGGAAGAGGAUUAUGAAAUUAAUCUGCUGCCAAAUAAUCCCACCGUGCCCCAAAUCAAGAGUCACAAGGAAAAGAAAACUAUUAAGUCGAAGGCAAAAGCAACUUUUUUUGUUGCUGUUUCGACAAUUGUUUUCACGAAAAUCAUGACUCUCACAUCACCAAAAGAAAUUUGGAAUUAUCUGAAGAAAGAAUAUGCUGGGGAUGAAAGAAUACGAGGAAUGAAAGUAUUAAAUUUAAUGAGGGAAUUCGAAUUGCAGAGAAUGAAAGAGUCAGAAAUAGUAAAGAAAUACUUUGACAUAUUGCUUGGUAUUGUCAACAAGGAACAAAUGAGACUUAUGAGGCAACAUGACAUGGUUGAAGGAGCAUUAGUAGCCAGCCACAAAACUCAAAGCAGGGGUAAUUUUUUGAAAAAUUGUCCACCUUGUCAACACUGUGGACAAAAUGGGCAUCCUCCAUAUAAAUGUUGGAAAAGACCAAAUGCACAGUGCAAGAUCUGCAAGCAACUUGGUCAUGAAGCUGUGAUUUGCAAAAACAAAUUUCAAAAAGUUGAAACAAUUGCCCAAGUCACUAGUGAAGAAGAAGAAGAAGAAGAAGAAGAAGACCACUUAUUUGUGGCAACUUAUUUUUCAACCAAAAAAUCUGAUUUUUGA